AUGGAUGCUGAGUUCUGGACACAAUACGAGCACUCGAACUUUGAAAUUGAGAAAUUGAAGCAACAGCUUUCUUCUCAAAAAUCUAGCUACGAAAUCAAAAUUGAAAAUUUUAAAUCGAGCAUCCGAAAUUUAAAGGAGAAACAAAAUCAAUUGCUACAGAGCAGUAAUCUGAAUGCCAGCAGUGCUAAGAGCAAUGAUCUCAGCUUAAGCAGUAAUAAAUUAGCCCUUGAUAGUGAUCAAAAAAUCAUAAAGCCAAUUUCUCCAAUAAAGGCAAUUAAUGAUAGCAUAAUAAGUAAACGAUCCCACUUAUCCAAAAAAAUCAAUAUUCUCAAUUCGAAUAUAAACAACACCAUCAAAAGUAACUUGAAUGGCAGCAGUAGCAAUAAUAACUUGAAUGCGUUGAAACAAUACAAUCUAAAUCCUCCAAUUAAGAAUCCAAAUUUAACUCAAACCAAUUUUUCCUCAAAGAUUCCUGUUCCAAUUAAGAGUUAUAGCAAACAAAAUAACUACAAUAAUAACGAUAAUGAUAACGAUUUAUCAAACAUAUCAAUAUCUGAUUUUUUAAUGAGUAAUAAAUCAAAUAUUCCUUCAAAGAUCCCAAUUCCAACUAACGGUUUAACGUUGUCUCCAACAAGAUCCCCCAAUAAGCUAUCUCCUAGUAAAUUAUCCCCCAACAAAUUAUCUCCUGAUAAACUAUCGCCCAAUAAACAAAUCGAUAAUAGCACUAAUCAAAGAAAAAAAUUCAUGUCUCCAACUCAUAACCCAAAUAAUAAAUCAAAACUAAUAUUAGCCACAUCUACUCCAUCAAAAUACAAUACAAAUACUAAUAAUCCCUUAACUUCUCCAACUAAAAUUCCCUCUCCUUUAAAAAAUGAAAUAAAAAAUCACAUUAGUUCCAAUUCCAAUUCCAAUUCUAAUUCUAACUCGAAUUUAAAUCCAAAUUUGGAUUCUCCCAAAAGGAAAAAUAACUUGAUUAAUAAACAAUUGCAAAAAAUUUAUGAAGAGGAAAUCACAUAUAAAAAGACUCCCUCAAGGAGUUCAAAUAAAAGACAAAGUAUCAUAAGUGAAGUCUUACUAAAAUCUUUUCAUUCUCCAAAUUUUAACAAAAAUAAAAAUAAAAAUAUUAACAUCAGUGAUAAUACUAGCAAUAACAAAAAUGCCAAUAAUAAUAAUACUAAAAAUAGCACAGCAACUCAAACUAAAAUUUCGACUAGCAAGAAAAGAAAAUCAUCAUUUGGUAUUAAUAACGAUAUAUCACUUAUACUAAAACCAUCUACAAAGAAUAGUAAACUAAGUAAAUCUAAAAAGCCUUCUCUUUUCGAUAUAGACAAUGACGACGAUGACGAUGAUAACGAUAUUUUUACUCAAACUUUAAAAAGAUUGUCAUCUAAAAAUAAAAACACCAACUCAAACAACGAUAUCAAAAAAAUAAAAAAGAAAAGAAAAUUAGCGGGUGGUGGCAUUCAAUUUGAUGAAAAUGACGAUGAAAAUUUUGGUAAUUACGAUAUCGAAGAUUCAAUGCAUACUCCAAUGGUUACCAACAUCAGAAACAAUAAAAACAAUAUCAAGGAUACAUCUAUUUUUGAUAAAUCGCCCUCUCCUGUUAAAAAAUUGCCCACUAUGAAAAACAAGUCUCCUGUGAAAAAAGUCCAAUCUGAAGAUAAGAAAAACGACAAUAGCUUCAGUCCUCUAAGAAAUGACAAAAAGAGAGUAUUUAGAGUUUGA